CCCCGGCCAAACUACUCUUUCCAGCCGGUAUUCCACGAACGUAAAACCCAUGAAGACGAUACAGUAUUAACCCAGGAGCUGUGGAAGCUGGCGCGCAAGUCGGGCACCCUGAAUCUGUCGAACAAGGGAUUGGCCAGUGGCAGGAAUGCAGUGGUGUCGCAGCAGAAAUUGCAAAACUGGAGGUCAAAGGUGAGGCCUCGCGCCGGGGAGCCACCCAUGGAGCAGCAGUAUAAUCAUCAAUCGAUGUACACCGGUCUCGUCGACAGCAGUGCAUUAUGGUUUCAGUUCAUGUGAGACGAUCGCGAUCUCGAACUUGGCCUUGCCGGCCCCUAAAAGGAGUCGAGAACAUUUGCCGCUUCAAUAGGUAGCGCCAGCGCCUGCAGUCAUAUCAUAAAGGUGUUCCAGACGUGUGCCAGUCAUCGUUUAGUUUGCGCAGCGUGCUGGCUGCUCUCGGAUGUGCCCCAAUCUAUCCAAGUCAAAAUCAUCCAUCAAAAUUGCGUCCUCCAAGCCAACGCGAAAGAAGCAGCUCACUUCGUUCUGCAUGUGUGCUCCGCACCCGCGGCGACGAAGCUACUACCAGAUCCGUGAAUUUCAAAUGGCCUCCUCGGGCGAUGAGCUGGAGAGCGAGGACCCCGACGAUGAGCUGGAGCUGGAACUCGAUCUGGAUGAGCCAGCGCCGCAGCCCAGCGAAGAUGCCUUGCCCGAGCGUCUCUACGACAUCAACGAGGCCGAUGCGGAGAGCAAGGCGGCCACUCUAGAGCAGCUGUCGAUCAAGGAUGAGGAUGCCUGGUGGAACCAAGUGCCAUUGACUAAUUUAGAUCUGAGCUCCAACGCUUUAUCGCACAUAUCUCCAAAGAUUGAGAAUCUGCAGUCGCUAACAGUCUUGAUUCUCCAUGACAACGCCCUGGUUGCUCUGCCGGCGGAGAUCGGUAAGCUGGAGAAGCUUAUGCGCCUGAAUGUGAGUCGCAACAAGCUCAGCGAUUUGCCGCGAGAGCUGUACAGCCUGCCGGAGCUGCGGCAUCUGAAUAUCAGCUAUAAUGAGUUCAGCGAACUCAAUCCGGAUAUCAGUGAUCUGCACAUGCUGGAGUUUCUGGAUGCCGGGCAUAAUAGCAUAAAAUCCUUGCCUGGCGGUAUUGGUUUUCUGGUGCGAUUAACAGCCCUCUUGUUGCCCUAUAACCACAUUAAGGAUCUCCCACCUGAUCUGGUUAACAUGCGCUCGCUGCAACGGUUGGACCUGAUGCAGAACGACCUCACCUGCUUGCCGGAGGACAUGGGCCUGCUAAGGAAGCUCCAAUUCCUGUACAUUCAACAUAACGACAUCAUGGAGCUGAGCGAUUUCGAAGGAAACGAGACACUGACCGAGCUGCAUGCCAGCAACAAUUAUAUAUCGAACAUACCCAUAAGUAUGUGUGAGAACUUGCCGCAUCUGAAGGUGCUCGACCUCCGGGACAAUAAGAUUACACAGCUGCCCGAUGAGCUGUGCCUGCUGCGGAAUCUCAACCGCUUGGACGUAUCGAACAAUAGCAUCGACACGCUGCCUGUUAGCCUGGCGGCGCUGGCCCAUUUGAUUAGCCUGCAGGUGGAGGGCAAUCCCAUCAAGUCGAUUAGACGUGACAUCCUCCAGUGCGGAACUUCGCGCAUCCUGAGGACUCUGCAGGAGCGUUCCAUGGCCAAGAGCAAGGACGAGGGGGAAUCCGAUAGUGGCGCGGGAGCCCGCCUAUGUGGCGGACAAGCGGGCAACGACACAGCCGCAAACUAUCCCGACAGUAGCUAUCAGCCACAGCAUCAGCAAAAGCACUUCGAAUAUCAGUUUCAAUAUCGGGCCCAGGCUCAUAUGCAACCGCAAGCCGAGCGCUUCAGAGUCUACGAGCCGCCGCACAACUGCCCGCCGUACAGUCGCCAGGGGCAGGAACACGUAUACGAUCAAGAGAACUAUGAAACAGAGAAAAAAUUUGACUAUUCUGGCCAAUAUAUGCAACAGCAGCAACAUAACUUUCGAUUCAAUGGCUAUUCAGCCAUGUAUCAACAACAGCAGCAACUAUUCUACGGACAGUGCGUCGUCUGUCCGCGAUGGGUAUACAAACUACGUCAUACCCGAACAUUGGCCGUCAAUUUGGAGGAAAUAACCGAUGUGCCCGAGGAAGUCUUUCAAUUGGCCCAGAAAGAAGGCGUGCAUGUAGUGGACUUUGCCCGGAAUCAGCUAAGAACCGUCCCCGACGGCUUGCAGCACAUGCAGAAUAUUGUCACGGAACUGGUCCUCGCCCACAACCGCAUUGGCCAAGUGCCGCAGUUCAUCUCACAGUUCACGCGCAUUACGUUACUGAAUUUAUCCAACAAUCUGUUGACUGACCUGCCCAAGGAGUUUGGUGUCCUGAACACGCUACGCGAACUGAACAUAGCCAAUAAUCGUUUUUCGUUUCUUCCCAGUGGUUUGUACGACUUGCAGGGUCUGGAGAUACUCAUUGCCAGCGAUAAUCACAUCAAUGAAUUGAAUGUCGCGGGGCUACAGCGCAUGCCGCGUUUGUCUACAUUGGAUUUGCGCAACAACGACAUUGAUUUCAUACCGCCAAUAUUGGGUACCCUGACCAACAUAACGCACUUGGAGCUGGUGGGAAAUCCAUUUCGACAGCCUCGCCAUCAGAUCCUGAUGAAGGGCACCGAAUCGAUAAUGUCGUAUCUGCGGGAUCGCGUACCCAGAUAAAGCAAGAUAUCGCAAUCUACACCUUUUUAUUUGAGUUUUUCAGCCAAUUUUCACUGGUAUAAUGUUUUUUUUUGGGACAAACAUAACCGAUACUUUACCAAUGCUCCACCACGCCCACACACAUCCAUACUUAAGCUAUAAGUCUGCCUGUGUGUGGACGAGGCGGAGAUCGCGCAAGGAAGGUACCUUAUAACAUA